UCAAUUCAAUUCACCAACACCUCGCCUUCAUCUUCAACACGGAAACAACAUGUCUUCCUUGUCCGCCCCUAAGACCAUCGCUGGAAAGCCUGUCGGUCCCAUCGGCUAUGGUCUGAUGACCCUCACCCUUUUCGGCAACAUUGCCCAUGACGAGGCAAUCAAGCCAAUGAAGGCCGCUUUGGAAAAUGGUGCCACUUUUUGGAACGCUGGAACCUUUUACGGGCCUCCAGAUGCGAAUUCUCUCCAGCUCCUCAAGUACUACUUUACCAAGUACCCGGAAGAUGCAUCACGCGUUGUUCUCAGCGUCAAGGGUGCCUACGAUGGAGCUACGCAGUCACCAGCCGCUAGUCCGGAGCAGAUUCGAGCCUCCGUCGACGAGUGCCUUACCUUGCUCGACGGUACCAAGACGAUCGAUCUCUUUGAGCCCGCGCGCGUUGACCCUCAAGUGCCCAUCGAGGAGACUGUUAAGGCGCUUGCUGAGCUGGUCGAAGAGGGCAAGAUCGGCUCCUAUGGCCUCAGCGAGGUAAACGCUCAGACUAUCCGUCGCGCUCACGCCGUACAUCCACCCGCCGCUGUUGAGAUCGAGCUGAGUUUGUUCUCUCAAGGUGCUCUAGACAAGGCAGGCGUCGUCGACACUUGCCGCGAGCUUGGCAUCCCCGUCGUCGGAUACAGUCCCCUCGACCGCGGCUGGCUUACCGGUCAGUUUAAGACUCUCGAUGACAUUCCCAAGGACGACUUUCGCCGUUUCUACCCACGCUUCCAGCCCGGCAACUUCGAGAAGAACGUUGAGCUAGCCGAUGCUGUUGAGAAAGUUGCCAAAAAGAAGGGGGCCACUAGUGCCCAAGUCGCCAUUGCUUGGGUACAGCAGCAGGGUGUUCUGCCCAUCCCCGGUUCCACUAAAGUGGAGCGCGUUCUGGAGAACACCAAGUACGUAGAGCUUACCCAAGCCGAAACUGAAGAGCUUCACGAAGCUCUUAGCAAGGCAAAUGUCUCAGGCCAUCGAUACCCCGAGAUGUUCCAAGCUCAUCUCGACAAAUAGCGGGGCGGCGUGAGGAGAAUGUCUUGGCCCGCCUUUGGUACAAUGAGUACCCGUUUCAGUCUUCUCGGUCGUGAAAUAGCAAUGAGCCUUCAAUGUCAACCCAAUAUAUGUCUUGAUCAAUUCAGUGCCUGGAUGUACGACGCUACAUCAGAUUAAGAUGUCAAAGGGACUUAAUUCCAGGCUUUGAGAGCGCCCUCUGAUACAAAAGACCUCACGCGCGGACGAAUUCAGUCCCAUCUCUCACUACACAUCUCUCUACAUUUCGCUCAUGUCCAAGUACCUUGAAGUGUCGCACAGCCUUCCGGGUAAGAUGCGAUUUCUCCCGUUCGCCCGGUUUCUC